GACCCGAAAGCACCCAUCUCCCCCGAGGAACUGACCUAUUUGGCCUGCUGAUCGUUCCCAGCUCGGUGAUCUCACCCCCUGUGCCAGCCUGCAGGGCGGCGACGGCCUGAGAUCAGGGCGCAAUCUGAGCCAGACAUACCUAGCAGGGGAGCAAGACGAGGCUGGCUUGGAGUCUAGGACAUCUACUACUCUGGUGGGCAUUUUAUCGCUUGCUUCAAUCAACAUUUGACACCCAGUAUCCAGCCGGCCACCAUCGCGCCCUUACGUUUAUGGGGUCUCUCCCUUGAUUAUCCCUCCCCUUGCCCUCGGCAGAUUGGCUACUCUUUGUUCAUGGCGUUGAGUCGGUCCAAGUUUCCCAUCAAAGGCGGAACGUAUCCGCCCUACGGCGUCAUCACCGACGACAACCAUGGCUCGUAUGUCGUCAUUGCCACUUGGGUUUUCGCCUGUAUAUCUGUGCUUUUCGUCGCCGUCCGUGUCGCUCUACGAACCUGGACGUCCAGCUACUUCGGGUGGGAUAAUGGUUUAAUAGUCGCCGCGUUGGCUGUCGCUAUCGGCCAGAGCAUAUCGGCUACCGAGUCGGUCAAGUACGGAUCGGGGAGGCAUAGGGACGCUCUCGAUCAGGAUCAGAUCCGGUCGUAUUUCCAGGCCAUUUUUGCCAGUGAAAUCUUAUCCGUUUUUAUUUUCGUUCUCUCGAAGCUCUCGUUAGCCGCCUUAAUCAGUCAUAUCACCCCGUCUAAUAUUAUAAAAACCGCCCUCCGCUGGUUUGCCGUCUUCACCGGCUUGUGGGGGAUAUCCGACGUCCUUUCCAUCUCGUUUCAGUGCGGAGCCCGCGUUCCUAUGCGGAUUUUCGAUAUCAGCGCGUGUGUUGACGAAAGGUCCCUGUUAUUCGCACACGGAAUCAUCAACAUUGCAACCGAUUUCUUCCUCGCCGUCUUCCCCGCCCUCAUCGUAUGGAAAGUCCAGAUGCGCAAGCAGAAGAUCCUCAUCGUGCUAGGGUUGUUUUGGGCUCGUCUCGCCGUAUGUGCCACCGCCGGCGUUCAGCUCAGCACCACGAAACACUACUUUUCAGGAGACGAUCCUACUUGGGACUAUCUGUACCCCAGCUUAUGGAAUCAAAUCACGACGCACCUUAGCAUCAUAACAGCUUGCAUCCCAUCCAUAAAGCCGUUCUUCGAUAGUCUCCAAUCCAGUCUGAUCGACUCGGGCAUACCGAGAAACUACACCUCUAAUAACCGCCGCAUCGAGCUUCGUCCUUGGGGGACAUCGAACAAGAGUUCUAGCGGGCCGUCCCAGAAGUUUGAGCCAUCGUUACGAGGGAUAGGACUCUCCACAACUACUUAUAACGAAAUCGAAGGCGGCGUCAAUAGCGACUAUGCUAGUACGAGGGAGCUAACAGCCAGUGUGAUACACCAACAGCGGGAUGUGGAUGUAGUUGUGGCGGAUGCGUCAGAGGUAUUCGGCACCCCUGGGCCAACAGGUAAUACACGCCUUCUUCCGUAGUGACGUUACAUGUUGGGAUUACCUGUUAAUAAAAACCCUAGCAAAAAUUCGCUAUAGGGUAUGACAGCCCUUUAUUACUAGGGGCCAUUCGUUUAGCCCCUAUUUUUCAACCUAUGUUUUAGACGAUUCCACGGGAUGAAGACGGUCGACAGUACGCCGCUUGGCACUAUAAUGAUGGCAUAGGCUCCCAGACACGGCAUCUCUUGAUGAGACGAUGCUCUGGCCAAGCCUAUCGGUAAUGGUCGUCUUGGGCACGUGAAGGGCUGGAUGGCACACGCACCUUAGCAUGAGCAAGAUGAUACUAUAUUGGCCAGGCAUUGCUUCUUGCCACGUCCUCCUUUCCCCCUUUGCCGACCUAUGCGCAGCUCCAUUAAUAGCGUUUUGGUGUGAGCGUGUAUUGAAACACAUUGGACCUUGUACCCAAUAGCAUUCCUGCCCCGGCGAAGCCUUGCCCUUAGGCGCCCCUAAACGAACAGCGCUGCAUACAGUAUUAUGACGAUACCUCCGCCAGUGCAACCU